AAAAGGAAGUCACGCUCCACUGAAGGUUCCAUGGUGUCUAAAUAGUUAUGUCAUAAGUGUAGGACAUAACAAAUUGGCGACGAGAUUAAAACGGAUCCCUGAUGUGCAUGAGACGACAGAGAGGGGGAAAUCCUUGUGGAAGUGACGGACAAGACAAAAAAAAAAAAAGAGAAAAAGCUAACCCUUCGUGUGGAUGCUAAUACCCCUGCUAGCGAACUGCAUAGACAGCGUGAGUAACAUCUCUUCUUAAGUGAAGGACACUGAUAAAGACACAGAAAAUGUCGGGCGGUGUUGGACAAAUGGACAUAUUUGAUAACUGCACAGAGGAUUGGACAACAUAUGUAGAGCGAGUGGAACAAUACUGUGUGGCUAAUAAAGUAGAGAAUGAGAGGAAAGUUGCUGUGUUACUGAGUGUGAUGGGAGCAAAAACGUAUAACUUGUUGCGCAGCCUCAUCACACCGGCCAAACCAGCAGCCAAAAGUUUCAAGGAGAUCACGGAGGUGCUUCAAAAACAUUUCCAACCGAAACCACUGGUCAUAGCCGAGCGAUUUCGAUUCCAUAAACGACAUCAGCUAAAAACGGAGUCCACAUCAGAGUACAUCGCGGAUCUCCGGCGGCUGUCGGAGCACUGUCAGUUUGGGGAGGGGCUUUCAGAUGCACUGAGAGACCGUUUCGUCUGCGGGCUGCACAACGAAAGCAUACAGAAACGACUCCUCACAGAAGAUAAUCUCACGUUGAACCGUGCAUUAGAGAUCGCCAUAUCUAUGGAGACAGCAGCAAAAGAUGCAGGAGAGCUACAGGGAAAAUACACAGAACCGCGUUCUGUAAAUAAAAUGCGCAUGCAGCGUAAUGAUAAGUCACAGACCUGCUACAGAUGCGGAAAGAAGUCACAUGACGCUGCAAAUUGCUGGUUUAAGGAUAAAGAAUGCCUGCAAUGUAACAAAAAGGGGCAUAUACAGAAAAUGUGCAAAUCAAAGCAGUAUGAUAAAAAGAAAAACAAAAUGUGGAAAAGAGAAAGGAAGCUGCAUGACUUAAAUGAAACAGACUCAAAUGAUUCUCAAGAGGAUUUGGCAUGUCUUGAGCUGAACACAAUACAGGGGAAAGAUAAUGAUGCAAUAUGGCUCACACCAAAAAUACAAGGAGUUAAGUUAAAGAUGGAGCUGGAUACUGGGUCAGCCCUCUCACUAAUCUCAUAUGAAGAUUACAGAGAUAAAUUUCCCAAUCUGAAACUAAAACACACCUCAGUGAAGUUAAAAACAUACACAGGUGAAAGAAUAACUCCCUUGGGAAAACUGAAAGUGAAAGUGGAAUAUGAGAAGGAUAAGUGCAACCUGGAACUUUAUGUUCUGAAAAAUGGAGGUGUGCCAUUAUUUGGGCGUGACUGGUUGAAACACAUCCACCUCAACUGGAAAGGAAUAAAGUCCAUGAGACUAGCACAUGGUCUGAGUGCACAUCCUGUGGAUGAAAGACUGAAACAGACACUCGAGAAGCAUGCUCAGGUGUUCAAGGAAGGUAUUGGCACUCUGAAAAAUAUUAAAGCACAGAUCAUACUGGAGGACAAUGCAAAACCCAGAUUUCACAAAGCACGUCCUGUACCAUAUGCUGUACGGCCCAAAGUCGAAGCAGAGCUCCAACACCUGGAAGAGCAAGGAAUACUCACCAAGGUGGAAUGGUCAGACUGGGCCACACCAAUAGUAUCAGUGAGCAAGAAGGCAAGUGAUAGUGUGCGAAUCUGUGGUGAUUUUAAGGUUUCAGUGAACCCAGUCCUCCGCAUCGAUCAGUACCCACUCCCACGAAUAGAAGACAUAUUCACAGCAGUGGCAGGUGGCAAACACUUUUCAAAAAUCGACCUUGCUCAAGCUUAUCUUCAGAUGGAAGUAGAAGAGACAUCCAAGAAAUAUCUAGUGAUAAACACUCAUAAAGGCCUAUAUCAGUACAACAGACUGGUCUUUGGUAUCGCCAGUGCCCCAGCAGUAUGGCAACGCGCUAUGGAUCAGGUUCUGCAGGGCAUUCCAGGAACGCAAUGUUUUCUGGAUGACAUAAUCGUCACAGGUGUCGAUGAGGAGACUCAUUUGGCUAACCUAGCAGCAGUCCUGGCCAGGUUAGAAAAAUAUGGACUGAGAGCAAACAAAAACAAAUGUGAGUUCUUCCAGGAUGCCAUUGAAUAUUGUGGCCAUAAGAUCGACAGGCAUGGACUCCACAAAACCAAAGACAAGGUUGACGCAGUCUUGAAGGCACCGGAACCUAAAAAUGUGAGCCAACUACGCUCAUUCUUGGGCUUAAUUAAUUAUUAUCACAAGUUUCUACCGAACCUGUCGACAGUUCUGCACCCCCUGCACUUGCUGCUGCAACAAAAUGUCAAAUGGAAAUGGACAAAAGAAUGUGAAGAGGCAUUUAAUGGUGCCAAGCAGCUCAUUACGUCAGAGGAGGUGCUGACGCAUUUUGACCCAAACCUACCCCUUCGCCUUGCCUGUGAUGCCUCCCCAUAUGGCAUCGGUGCUGUGCUAUCUCAUAAAAUGCCUGAUGGAUUGGAACGACCAAUUGCUUUUGCCUCAAGGUCCCUAAAUGCAGCAGAGCGAAACUAUGCACAGAUCGACAGAGAAGCGCUCAGUCUAGUGUGGGGAGUGAAGAAGUUUAAUCAGUAUCUAUAUGGAAGACACUUCACCCUGAUUACAGACCACCGACCGCUGGUGUCCAUUUUUAACCCUCAGAAAAGCAUUCCAACCAUGGCUGCAGCACGGUUGCAGCGGUGGGCCUUAUUCCUUGGUGCACACACUUACACCAUUGAAUUUAAAGGGACAAAACUGCAUGGGAAUGCAGAUGGACUGUCACGCCUUCCACAAAGGCAAACCACUGAAGAAACCACUGACCCAGCAACUGUGUUUCACGUGGCACAGAUGGAACCUCUACCUGUCACCAGUGCUCAGGUGAAAAGAGAAACAAGCCGAGACACAAUCUUAUCCAAAGUGUAUGAUUUUACUGUGAAUGGCUGGCCAUCCUCCAGUGACACUCAAUUAUCUGUGUAUUCUACCCGCAAAGACCAGCUAUCUGUUUGCCAAGGAUGUGUCUUGUGGGGAACCCGUGUCAUCCUUCCACCCAAACUACGUACAAGGGUACUAGACUCACUACACGAUGGACAUCUGGGUGUUGUUAAGAUGAAGAGUCUUGCUAGGAGCUAUGUUUGGUGGCCAGGCAUAGACUGUGAAAUAGAGAACGUGGCUAAAUCCUGCACUGGUUGCCAGCAGACACUGCGCCAGCCUCAACCAGCACCUGUACACACAUGGGAGUGGCCAUCCACUCCAUGGCAACGCAUUCAUAUAGACUAUGCUGGACCAUUUAUGGACCAAAUGUUCCUGAUUGUGGUUGAUGCUCACUCAAAGUGGCCAGAAAUUUUUCCUGUGAAGCAAGCAACAGCUGCCAGCACAGUCAGCAUCCUUCGAUCACUCUUUGCACGCACAGGUUUGCCACAACAGCUUGUAAGGGACAAUGGCCGUCAGUUUACUGGAGAGGAGUUUCAGAGUUUCCUCAAGAACAACGGUGUACGACAUAUGACUUCAGCUCCCCAUCAUCCAGCAACAAAUGGACAAGCUGAACGGUUCAUUCAGUCCUUCAAGCGGUCAAUGAAAGCCAGCCGAUUGGAGGGAAAGCCAAUGCAACACAAAAUCGACAGCUUCUUAUUGGCUUACAGAAACACCACUCAUGCAACUACUGGACACACACCUGCAAUGCUUUUCAUGGGACGAAAUCUGAGAUCACGUUUGGAUCUGUUAAAACCAGACAUCCGCAAGAAUGUCCAGGGCAAACAAUCUUCUUUGGUGGAAACAACAAAGAACCGAACCAGAUCAUUUGACAUUGGACAAAAAGUUCUUGCCAGAGACUAUAGAGGCCCAAAUCAGAAAUGGCAGUCUGGCAUGAUUCUGUCACAGACUGGACCUCUGACAUACAACAUUAAUGUUGGAGACAACUUAAUCUGGCGGCGACAUGUUGAUCAGAUUGUAGAUGCAGAAACCCACAUGGUUCCAAGGCAACCUGAGAGCACAUCCACAUCUCAGGAUUCAGAAGAGUUUAUCUUCGCAACACCUCCUGAGGUUCAGGGUUUAGGUGAAACCACUGAUGCCCAAACAGCCGAACCUUCCACACAGAGUACUAUGGACUCUGGCCAUUCUGGCAGACGUUACCCUGAGAGAAAUCGCAGAGCACCUCAGAGACUGAAUUUAUAGAUUUCCAGUUCAUUUUAUAAGGAAACAGUUAAAAUGUUUAGAGUGAACAAUCUGCCACUAUGUUGUAGAUCUCAGAGUAGUUAUUAUGUUUCUGUUACACUCUCUGGAGCAAAUUUAUUGGGU